UUCAUGUUUAAGUCUACUGUUGGGCCUACAUGUCACUUGUGUGAUUAAUUUUAAAGGCAAAUUUAUUUAUUGUUACUGUGUAACUAAAAUAUCCAGCAUGGGGAAGUGGGAUGAUCUUGGGUUUUCUUGACUCCGGCCACAUGCAGAACAAAGCCUGAACUAAACACAGGAACAACAGAGACUGGUGAAACACCUGAAUCCCAGUAGGCCCAGUAUGAACCCAUCUUCAUUAUCGGAUCAUAGGAAGGAGGCGUUGUCUCUGAAAGCAGCCAGAGACCUGAACUGUGACGUUCAGGAAGUGUCAGAUAAAAAAGGUUAAAGUAGGAAGUCUUCAGAGUCUGGAGCCUCAUCCUGAUCACAUCAAGAGACGAAGCUUCACUCCACAUCCAGAGGAAACAUGGACCAAACAGCUCUGAUGCUGCUUCUGUGUCUCUGCAGCUCAGCGCUGUCUGAUGAACUCAGACUGGUAGCAGGAAGGAGUCGCUGUGUUGGCAGACUGGAGAAGAAGGAUCUGGGAGACUGGGAACCAGUGAAUGAUUGGAACUGGAACAGGAACUUUACAUCAGCAGCUGGAGCUUGCAGACAGCUCCACUGUGGAUCUGUGUUGUCGUUACGAAGAGAUGAGGACGACAAUAUAGAGAUCGUCUGUUCAGACUCAGUCAGGCUGGUUCAAGGGACCAACCGGUGCUCAGGCAGACUGGAGGUGAAGACCAACCAGUCGUGGUCCGCAGUGUGUGAAAAAGACUUUGACCUGCAGGAUGCAAAGGUGGUCUGCAGGGAGAUUCGCUGUGGGUCUCCUUCAGUCCUCCAGGGGGCGCUCUAUGGAGAAGCAGAGGCUCCAGUGGGGAGCAGAGAGUUCCUGUGUGAAGGCAGUGAGUCUGCUCUGCUGAACUGCAGCAGCAGGAAGAGUUCAGGUAGAAACAGCUGCUCACCUGGUCAAGCUGUUGGACUCACCUGUUCAGACAACUUCAGGUUGGUGGGAGAGGCCAGCCGAUGUGCUGGGAGACUGGAGAUGUUGCAUCAAGAAGAGUGGAGACCAGCGGCUGAAUGGGUUGAUUACUGGAACAUGAACUCAGUUGCUGCAGUUUGUGCUGAACUGGACUGUGGUUCUGCUGUUUCAGCAAGAAAGUCAUGGAAAUUAAAAAAAAAACAAGUUUGGGAGAUCAGUUCUGAAUGUUUCAAGUCAGGAUCUGCAUUAAAGAACUGUUUACCUCAUGAUGAAAACAGUUAUGAGAGCCAUGAGUUCAUCUGCUCAGGUAACUCUGAACUCUCAUAUUUAUUUCUUUUAAAAUGUUUCUUCCAUCAGGUUCCAGAUGUCUGCAGAGAAACCGUCACCUUUAACUAAGAAACUGAAACCUUGA